AAUAGAGAAAAUCAAUCAUAAAGGAUAACCGGCAAAUCCAUUAUCCUUUCUCUUCGAUUAGGGUUUACUGAGCGCCAGAUCUACGAGAGUUUUCCGAUUGAAUUUGUGAAAUUUCAUCCUAAAAGUCACUAAUUUCUGCUCAGCUUUUCUCGAUUCAACCAUGGCUACCGCAUCAGUUGCAUUUAAAUCAAGGGAGGAUCAUCGGAAACAGCUAGAAUUAGAAGAAGCUCGAAAAGCGGGGCUUGCACCGGCUGAAGUCGAUGAGGAUGGAAAAGAAAUUAACCCUCAUAUUCCUCAGUAUAUGUCAUCGGCACCUUGGUAUCUUAAUGCUGAAAGACCAAGUUUGAAGCAUCAAAGGAAAUGGAAAUCUGAUCCCAAUUACACGAAAUCUUGGUAUGAUAGAGGUGCAAAAAUAUUUCAGGCAGAUAAAUAUCGAAAAGGUGCUUGCGAAAACUGUGGAGCAAUGACACAUGAUUCAAAGGCAUGCAUGGAGAGGCCUCGUAAGAAAGGAGCAAAAUGGACAAGCAUGCACAUCGCACCUGAUGAAAAGAUAGAGACCUUUGAACUGGAUUAUGAUGGCAAGCGAGAUCGAUGGAAUGGUUAUGAUGCAUCCACAUAUGCCCGUGUCAUUGAAAGAUAUGAGGCAAGGGAUGAGGCUAGAAGGAAGUAUCUGAAAGAACAACAGCUGAAAAAGUUGGAGGAGAAAAAUAGUAAAAACAAUGGGGAGGAAGAGGUUAGUGAUGAAGAUGAUGAUGAUGAUGCUCUGAAGGUUGAUGAAGCUAAGGUUGAUGAGAGCAAACAGAUGGACUUUGCUAAAGUCGAGAAGCGUGUUCGUACCACGGGUGGAGGGAGCACGGGUACUGUCAGGAAUUUGCGUAUUCGGGAAGACACAGCGAAAUAUCUUUUGAAUCUUGAUGUUAAUUCGGCUUAUUAUGAUCCUAAAACUCGAUCUAUGCGUGAAGAUCCUCUUCCUGAUGCUGACCCUAAUGAGAAGUUCUAUGGAGGUGAUAAUCAAUAUAGAAUGAGUGGGCAAGCUUUGGAGUUCAAGCAGCUCAAUAUUCAUGCGUGGGAAGCAUUUGAUAAAGGUCAAGAUAUUCACAUGCAAGCUGCUCCAUCUCAAGCUGAACUCCUGUUCAGGAAUUAUAAGGUCAUCAAGGAGAAGUUGAAAUCAAAGACUAAAGAUACCAUCAUGGAGAAGUAUGGCAAUGCAGCAACUGAAGAAGAGAUACCAAUGGAGCUCCUCUUGGGACAAAGUGAGAGGCAAGUUGAAUAUGAUCGUGCUGGCAGAGUUAUAAAGGGAAUGGAAACAUUGCUUCCAAAAAGCAAGUAUGAAGAAGAUGUUUUCAUUAAUAACCACACAAGUGUUUGGGGUUCGUGGUGGAAGGAUCACCAGUGGGGCUACAAAUGUUGUAAGCAAACAAUUCGGAAUAGUUACUGUACUGGUGCGGCUGGAAUUGAGGCUGCAGAAGCAGCAACAGACUUGAUGAAGGCUAAUAUUGCACGUAAAGCAGCCUCAGAAGAUGCUCCUGCUCCUGCAGAGGAGAAGAAACUUGCUACCUGGGGAACUGAUGUUCCUGACGACCUUGUUCUUGACGAAAAACUUCUCACCGAGGCUCUUAAGAAGGAGGAUGAGAGGAGGAGAGAGGAGAAGGAUGAAAGAAAACGCAAGUAUAACGUCAGAUGGAAUGACGAGGUUACUGCAGAAGAUAUGGAGGCAUAUAGAAUGAAAAAGAUACACCAUGAUGAUCCCAUGAAGGAUUUCCUAAACUAGUGUGUUAUCUUUUAGAUAUGUAUAUAAACUAGAGUGUUGCCCGUGCAAUGUGUUGGGAGAUUAUCUUUUCUUUUUUUUUUCCGAUAUUGCUUGAAACUUUGUAGAACAAUUUUGUUAAUAAAUGUAAGAAAUUAAUAUCAAGCUUGUAA